UAGUUCGUCUGUAUUGCGGUGGUGACCUUUGCUACUGUGCUUCGGCGAUUAUCGUUGUUUGAAAGUGGUGGGUUUAGCUUAAUAGCAGCUUGUUAGCCUGUUAGCUGAUUCUGAUAACAAUCACAAUUCAGCCUGCUGCUCGCAAACUGUUUGUCUUAGUGGUGGAUAACGUUCUAGUUCGUGGUACUCCUGUACUUUCUCUCACUUAGCCGUCAGCAUAGUGUUCAUUCAGCACACUAAAACCGAUAUAAUGCUCACAUGUGUAGCUAACUUAAUUUUGUAAAGCUAGCCAGUUAGCAUACGUUAGCCAGCUAGUAUCUCAAAUGAAUUCUCCUGUAUGACUAUUUGUGCCGGUACUGAAAGGUUUUGGGUAUUUUUAAUGUUGUGGAGACAUUUACGCGUAGUUAUUGGAGUUACGAACCUCUUAAAGCUACUAUUUGCAGCUUUGUAUUGAAUGUACGUGUGUAGCAGUGGGAGUGCCCCGCCCACCUAAGCGCCAUAUAGACCAUGUUAGCGGCAUUGAUGUAACCAUCAUUAUGCAAUGAAUGACCGGGUCAGUGUCAGGAUUUAUGUUUGAUUUGUUCAGCAGACGACAGUUGUAAUAACAUGGAAUACAUCAUUAUUGACGAGAUUUCAUAACCAAAGUUUUUUUUGCCGAUACGUGACCGUAAAAGGGACAGUACACCAAACUCAAUAACGACAUUAUGGAUUAUGUGUUGGAAAAGGACACGCGUGUAAUUUGCAGUACACAACUGAAUACUGCAGGUGAGGAGACACCCAUACAUCUGAACUGAGAGUGACAGCAGACAUCAUGGGAUUGCACUCAGCCCAGAAGAAGCACUUUCCCUUACGGGGGAUUGACGGUGUGGUUCAGCUGUUUGACGCUGAGCUCCGCAAGUCUGAGCCAGACCUAACUCUUCUCUCGCUGGUUCUGGGUUUUGUGGAGCACUUUCUUGCUGUGAACCGGGUCAUCCCCAUAAACGUUCCAGGUGUCCGGUUUGAGCCACUAGAGCCAGACUGUCCCACCUCCUGCUUUCCCACCGUGGAGCUGGGCAUGAUUUCUGCACUGUAUGAGCGCUUUACAGCACAGAUCCGCGGGGCAGUGGACCUUUCUCAGUACCGAAGGACUGCUGCUGGGUCCAGCAGAGAACUUGUGAGGAAAGUGUCAGAUGUGAUCUGGAACAGCCUUAGUCGCUCUUACUUCAAGGACAGGGCUCACAUCCAGUCACUCUUCAGUCUCAUCACAGGUACCAAACUGGAUAGCUCUGGGGUGGCUUUUGCCGUAGUUGCAGCAUGUCAGGUGUUAGGCCUGAAGGAUGUUCACCUGGCACUCUCUGAGGACCACGCCUGGGUGAUAUUCGGCAAAAAUGGCGAGGAGACAGCUGAGGUCACCUGGCAUGGGAAGGGUAACGAGGACCGGCGAGGACAAACGGUCACGGCAGGAGUCAAUGAGAAGAGCUGGCUGUAUCUGAAGGGCUCCUACAUGAAAUGUGACAGAAACAUGGAGGUGGCCUUCAUGGUUUGUGCCAUCAACCCCUCACUGGACCUGCAUACUGACAGCUCUGAGCUCCUGCAGCUACAACAGAAACUCCUCUGGUUGCUGUAUGAGCGAGGUGACCUCAACAGAUAUCCUAUGGCCAUGGGCACUCUGGCAGACCUUGAGGAUCAGGAUCCAAUCCCAGGAAAAGAGAGCCCCCUGAAAAUCCACCUUAAGGCUGUCACCUCUGCUCAGAAGCACUAUAACAAUGAGCACAUCUACCCCUACAUGUACCUGGCUGGGUUCCACUACAGACACAGGGAUGUGCGAGAGGCUCUGAGAGCCUGGGCCGAGGCAGCUCAGGUCAUGCAAGACUAUAACUAUUUCCGGGAGGAUGAGGAGAUCUACAAGGAGUUCUUUGACAUUGCAAAUGAUGUUAUUCCCACUUUGCUGAAGGAGACAGCUGCUGUUGCAGAGAGUCCUGGAGAGGGGGGAGAAGGAGGAGCUGACAAGGAACACCCCAAGCAGGCAGCUGCCUUCUCUGCACUCCAGGACCCAGAAUGCUUUGCACAUCUGUUGUGUUUUUAUGAUGGCAUCUGCAAAUGGGAGGAGGGAAGUCCCACGCCGGUUCUUCACGUGGGCUGGGCCACAUACCUCGUCCAGUCUCUGAGCCGCUUUGAUGCUCAGGUGCGUCAGAAAGUGUCGAUCAUCACCAAAGAGCCUGAGUCUCAGGAGGAUGAUGACCAGUCAAGUGAGGACACUCGUGAGGGCCGUAGGCGAGGUCCCAGGAGGGAAUCCAAAUUGGAGGAUCAGAGUUCUCCUCCUCCUGCUGCUCCCACCUCCCCAUCCAGCCAGUCAACAGCAGCUGCUCAGCCCAAGAAAGUGGGAGAAGGAGGGGUCCGCCGGCGUUCCUCCCAGGGCCUGAGGGUGGGAGAUACUGAAGGAAAACCCAAGUCCCCUAGCCCAGACUCUGCAUCUUCACCCACGUCUCAGCAGCUAGCGUCCCCAUCCCCAAGUGGCCCUGUAGUCACCUUUCAGAGUGAGAAGAUGAAGGGAAUGAAAGAGCUGCUGUGUGCAGCUAAGGUAAACUCCAGCGCCAUCAAGCUGCAACUCACUGCCCAGUCACAGGUCCAGAUGAAGAGACAGAAGAGCACACCAGCUGGGGAUUACUCCAUGUCUUUCAUGAAGCGCCAGCGCAAGUCACUGUAGACAUGCUGAUUAUUGUAGGAGACUGUAGGAUAUACUGUGAACAGCAACAUGGACAUCCGAGUAACUUUGCUGUUUGUGAAACUUUUUACCUGUGUUUUCAUUAGAGGAUCCUCUCAGUCUGUGUCCUCGUAGUUCUAAGCAAUAUAUUUGACUUGCACAGAUCAUCUUGAGUUAAGGAUCACAUAUCAGGGUCAAACUGAGGAGUGAACAUUUCAUUCUGUUUUUAUUUAAUGAAUAAUUUUGGGGGACCUGCCUAGUUUGAUAGAUUAUAAUUAUUCACUCAUCAUUAGUUUGUGUUUUAAUUGGCAGCCAAUUGCACACUGACUAUUAACUUCUCAUUGACUUGCAUGUGGAUGUUUGAAGCCAAAGUAAUGAGGAGGACCAGAAUCCAACUUACAGAUGUGGUAAUAUCAACCCGUACUAAUAGGAACCUGUUCAUGACUGAAGCCUUGGAAGGAAUUAAUUUAGGAUAGUUACUGUGUAACAUUGUCCACUCUGCUCUAUCAACAGCUUCUUUCUUGCUAGCUCUAUGUUGCCUUACUUUGCCUUUAUUCCUUUCUAAAGUAGAUGGCCUUUAGUUUUGACAAUAGCUGAGCUAGGCCUGUUGCUGACACUUAGAGAAGACCAGGGAAGACCAUGCACUGUUGAAAUGGAGCCACAUUAGGUGGCCCUGCUCCAUUCAAUUUGCUUGAGGAUUUGUGGUUUUUGUUCUUGUUUUUGUAACUGCAAGUAAUAAAGACCUGAAGAAAAUAGAAUGUGA